CUGCUGUUUUUCGAGCGAGUGCGUCGAGAUUGCAGCCAUUACUCAGUGCUGCCAGUGCUUCACGCACCUCUACCGCUUUAAGUCUCUCUCCGUGACAGAAACCGCCUGAAUAAAGGCAGGCUAAAUUAUCCUCUCUGUUUACUGGGCUGGCCUCCUCGCCAGCCGAACCACACCGACAUGGACCCAGCAAGCCGUUACCAAGUGUUGCACAACGAAGAAGAUUCUUCAGAGGCUUCCCCCACUGAGCCACAGCCCUGCACCUCAGCGUCAGCCAGAGCUGACGCAUCUGGACAGGACCAGAGGGAGAGCCAGGCCAGCGCGGCUCCAGCUCCUGCAGCAGCGGAAGCAGAGGCGCCGCCGCCUCCAUACGCCUCCAUCGAGCUGGGGGCGACUGCCGCAGCACCUGAGACCAGUUUCCAAGGCGACUUCCCAGUUCCUCCACCCUACAGUGUCGCCACGUCACUACCAACCUAUGACGAAGCAGAGAAGGCAAAAGCAGCCGCCCUGGCUGCCUCUGCUGUAGAGGUUUUGCCCCGGGAUGAUGACUUCCCUCCCAGGGACGACUUCAGCGACGCCGAUCAGCUUCGAGUCGGAAACGACGGAAUCUUCAUGUUGGCCUUUUUCAUGGCCUUCCUGUUCAACUGGAUCGGCUUCUGUUUGUCCUUCUGUCUGACCAACACCAUCGCAGGGCGUUACGGAGCCAUCUGCGGCUUCGGCCUCUCUCUCAUUAAGUGGAUCCUCAUCGUCAGGUUUUCAGACUACUUCACUGGCUACUUUAAUGGCCAAUACUGGCUGUGGUGGAUCUUCCUGUUGCUGGGCCUCCUGCUCUUCUUCAGAGGUUUUGUGAACUACCUGAAAGUGCGCAACAUGUCAGAAAACAUGGCCACGUCACACAGAACGCGUCUCUUCUUCCUCUAUUGAAAGUUUCCAUGCCGACGGCAUUCCUUUUUCCUGUGCAGUUCCUUCCCUCGCAUGACUCGACCCCCGGUGCCCGACAGCGAGGAGAGGAAGCAGGGAAGGAAGGAAGGAAAGAAGUAAAGAGAAGGUGUUGGCAUAUUAAUCCAGGAGUCUAUUUCAAUUUUAAUUUGCUCUGAGGAAGAAAAUUAAAUCCCAGAAGAUUUUCCUCCAUUCCACCUCUACUUGCGUCGGGCUAAUGUGUUUCUUAAAGCACAACAUAAAAAAAACAAACCUCUCUUUAAAAAGAAAAAGAAAAAAAAAAACAUGAAGGAAUCUAUUAAACUAAAUGUAAUCUGUAUUUUUCCAGUUUGCAAAUUCAGUGUUAAGAGUUAAAAAGAAAAAAAACAAGCGAAGGAAAGAAUCCUUUCUCCUUGACAAACAGUUGAAAGUUGUGAUCUAGUCUUACAUUAACUGUGAUGUAGCAUUUGUUUUUACAGGAAAGGUAAGAUGUGAAGCCCUGAACGCACCAUCUGUGUUUUCCUGGUCGCCUUCCUGCUGCUUCCAAACCUUUAAGAUCUGAGACUCCCUGUUCACUUUAAAGUAGAAUCAGCCCCUAAAGGUUUAGACUGGAAGGACUUUUAACCCUUUUAACAGCAAUACGCCAGCUGUCCCUCCAAAAAUCCGCUUACAAAUGACCGAAUCAACGAUUUCUCUUGGAUGCAACAGUGUUCUAAGCUGCAUAAGGUCUCAUCAGGUCUGGUGUAGUGGAUGAUGAUGAAGUGUGUUCACAUGCAGUGCUUUUGCUUAUUUUGUUUUGACACUCUUUAGAGUGUAAGAGUCUUAUGCAAUUUAGCUGUAAUGAAUUUCUCUUAUUGUGGCUGUAAGGUGGUGUGUUAUCGAUGUAGGUGAUUAGUUAACCCAUCUCUGAACGAGGUCCAGACCGUUAAAGGACAACAACUUGUUCCGCAUGACAUGGCCGGAUCUCUUUCGUCAGGAUUUAGCGUUUUUAAGAUUCGGGUUUUUGGGUGCUUCUUUCCUCUUUGACUGGAAAGCCCGGAGACGCGGUUUCAUCUCCGGUUAUUUGAAAAAAAAAUAAAAAAAACAUCAGCAGUGAUGUUGGCGUGACGGCGAUGAAGUCUGGGGGAGGAGAGGGUGGAUCCGGUCAUGUGACUGAAGCCUGAGAAGAUAUAACGGAGGAUAACAUUUUGAUUACUUUUUUUUUUCGUCAUUAAAGAAAUAUGUAUAUACAAGCUUAUGCCAAUUUAUAAUAUUUGCACUUUGAAGUUCUUAUGUACAAGAUUUGUGAAUCUGUUAAACUUGAUGUGGAGGUAAAAAAAAA